AUGGCUCACAGAGUUGCAGAAAUUUUAGAAAGCACCCGAGCGAGUCAAUGGAAUCAUUGCCCAGGACCCCUAAACCCAGCAGACGACGGAACCCGUGGAAUACCCCUAUCAGAAUUCAGUAACAAGUCAAGAUGGUUCACCGGACCAAAAUUCAUAUGUGAACCAGAAUGCAACUGGCCUAAGCUACAGUUAAUCGCCGCCAAUACGGAUACCUUGCAACUCAACGAUCAAACUGGACAAAUGGAUGAAAUAGCAACAACCCCAAUGCUAGCUUUUCAAGCUUCCACCGAAAAGACAGAACAAAGCUUCAUCGAUUACAGCAGAUUCUCCAAAUGGACAAGAAUUCUCAGAACAACUGCAUACGUGAUGCGUGCCGCCAGGAUUUUUAAAGAUAAAGGACUACAGUCCCGCAACGAAAGCCCGACCACCGAACUGACAAGCAACAACAUGAUUGCCGCAAAGAAUUUUAUCUUCAAGCAGACGCAACGCGACUGCUUCAAACCAGAGAUCAACGCAUUGACACAAAAUAAACGAAUCAACACAACUAGCAGACUUCGACACCUAUCACCAUUCCUAGACGAAGACGGACUCUUGCGAGCACGUGGACGCCUCGAGAAAUCUCAAUUGGACUAUUGCAUAAAACACCCGAUUAUCCUUUAUGGAAACCACCCAGCAGUUCACCUCUUUAUAGGACAAACCCACAAAGACAACCAGCAUGUGCCACGCCAGCACUUGAAAAAUAUUCUUCAAAACGAGUAUUGGAUACUCUGUGUUCGCGCACACAUUGACAAGAUCAUAAAAAACUGUUACGACUGCCGACGACAACAGGCAACUGGACUACAGCCGGAACUUGCGCCCCUACCCGUCUUCAGAUUUCCAGAAAAAAAACCCUUUCCGUUUCAACAAACAAGAUUAGAUCUCUUUGGACCGUUUGCUUCGAAAACCGCAGGAAACUACAACAAACGCUACGGCGUUAUAAUGACUUGCCUAACAACACGAGCCGUACAUCUUGCGAUGUGCCAGGACCAGUCAGCCGACGCCUUCAUCAAUACCUUACGACGAUUCUUCGCUCGCAGAGGACAACUAGCCAAAAUUGUUUCUGAUAAUGGUACAAAUUUCACCGCAGCCGAAAAAGAACUCAACAGAAACUUCGACGCCGAUGUUACACGACAAUUCUACGUCAACCAUCAGAUUGAAUGGACCUUCAACCCUGCCUAUGCUCCUCAUUUCGGAGGUGUAUGGGAGCGACUCAUAAGAUCAGUCAAAGACUCGUUCUAUGCCAUCAUAGGAAGCCAGAUUCUAAAAGACGACAUAUUCAACAGCGUUCAUUGCGAAGUUGAACACUUCAUGAACGCAAGACCCAUCACUACAGUUUCAUCAUUGCCCGAUGAUGUUGAAGCCCUCACCCCAAAUCAUUUUCUUCUCGGGAGAGCGCAUGCCACUAUGCCACCUCUACAAACCCAACAACCCUCAACACUCAGUCGACAAUGGAAAUUCGCCCAACAACUCGCAACCUAUAUUUGGAAACGCUUGAUGAAGGAGUUUAUCCCAACACUACUGCCAAGACAACGAUGGACAAAGAAGACGCCGCCUAUCAAAAUAGGAGAAAAGGUCUGGAUUCUUCAGGAUAUGACGCCACGAGGACUCUGGCCAAUUGGAAGGAUCACAGGAAACGAACCAACCGAUGAUGAUCAGAUCCGCGUUUACUUCGUCAAAAUAAGAGACAAAAUUGCGUCAAUACCAGCCAUUAGACUAGCACCUGUUAGUCCGGAUUAUUGCAAUCAACCAGCAAACGAAGAUUCACGACAAUGA